AUGGGUGACAAAGACUCCUCUUCUCCACCCGAAAACAAAACACCCACCCUUCACCCCGUUUACACCGUUACGAACAUCCAGAAUAAAGUCCUUGACGGCGAAAAGGUUUCUUACUCGUCAUGGGUAAAACUGUUUAUGCUGCACGCCACAGGAUACGAGGUUGUUUGUCACAUUGACGGCACGCCGUCACCCGACGAAAAAUCUCCAGAAUUUACUUCUUGGAAGAAAAUCGACGCGAUUGUGCUCCAGUGGAUCUACGACACUCUUUCCGAUGAUCUCCUUGUUCGUGUCUUGACCGAUAAGUCCACCGCCUACGAGGCCUGGCAGCGGGUCAAGCGCCUCUUCGUCAACAAUAAAGGUUCUUGUGCCCAAGCUCUUCAACAAGAACUCACUAAUCUCAAACUUGCAUCCUUGCCAUCUCUUGAAGCAUACUGCCAACGGAUCCGUGAAUUGUGUGACCAACUUGUCGCCGUGGACAUACCUGUGACCGACAACCAACGGGUUCUCUAUCUUGUCAGCGGCUUACCACGGGAAUAUGACACUAUUGGCACCAUCCUCAACAACUCUCUCCCUUCCUGGGAGGACGCGGUGGACCAACUACAAUCCGAAGCCCGCCGUCUUGCCGCUAGAGACGCCCUCAACAACACCCCGGUCAUUGCUGUUGCCAUCACUAACCCAUCCCCUAAUAAUCCCAGCCGUGAACAGCCCACCAACAACUACUCUACCCGUUCCAAUCGGUAUAUUGUUUUAGUUUUAGAAGAUUGUUGUUUCCGUAGAUAG